AUGGCCUCCCGCAGCUUCACCAAGACCCUCCGCGCCCCCGUGGCCCGCCAAUUGGCCUCUGUGCCCCGCGUCCAGCAGCGCACCUUUGUUGCUGCUGCCCGCGCCGCCGUCCGCGCUGGUGCUGUCGCCCGCCCCGUUGCUGCCGGUCCUGCUCAGCAGCAGAUCCGUGGUGUGAAGACCAUUGACUUCGCUGGCCACAAGGAGGACGUCUACGAGCGUGCCGACUGGCCCCAGGAGAAGCUCCUUGAGUACUUCAAGAACGACACCCUGGCCCUCAUCGGCUACGGCUCUCAGGGUCACGGCCAGGGUCUUAACCUCCGUGACAACGGUCUCAACGUCAUUGUUGGUGUCCGAAAGAACGGCAAGUCCUGGAAGGACGCUGAGCAGGAUGGCUGGGUUGCCGGCAAGAACCUGUUCGAUGUCGACGAGGCCAUCUCCCGUGGUACCAUCGUCAUGAACCUCCUCUCCGAUGCUGCCCAGUCUGAGACCUGGCCCGCCAUCAAGCCCCAGCUCGUCAAGGGCAAGACCCUCUACUUCUCCCACGGUUUCUCCCCCGUCUUCAAGGACCUCACCAAGGUCGAGGUCCCCACCGACAUCGACGUCAUCCUCUGCGCCCCCAAGGGCUCUGGCCGAACCGUCCGAUCCCUCUUCCGUGAGGGCCGUGGUAUCAACUCCUCCUUCGCCGUCUACCAGGACGUCACUGGCAAGGCUGAGGAGAAGGCCAUCGCCCUCGGUGUCGCCAUCGGCUCCGGCUACCUCUACAAGACCACCUUCGAGAAGGAGGUCUACUCUGACCUCUACGGUGAGCGUGGCUGCCUGAUGGGUGGUAUCCACGGCAUGUUCCUUGCUCAGUACGAGGUUCUCCGUGAGCGCGGCCACAGCCCCAGCGAGGCCUUCAACGAGACCGUCGAGGAGGCUACUCAGUCCCUGUACCCCCUCAUCGGUGCCAACGGCAUGGACUGGAUGUACGAGGCCUGCUCCACCACUGCCCGUCGUGGUGCCAUUGACUGGAGCCCCCGCUUCAAGGAUGCCCUGAAGCCCGUCUUCAACCAGCUGUACGACUCCGUCAAGGAUGGCUCCGAGACCAAGCGAUCCCUCGAGUACAACAGCCAGCCCGACUACCGUGAGAAGUACGAGGCUGAGAUGCAGGAGAUCCGGGAUCUCGAGAUCUGGCGCGCCGGCAAGGCCGUCCGCGCUCUCCGACCCGAGAACCAGAAGUAA